UGCUGUGAGCAGCUUCAGUAACCGCUCAGCCUUCGCAGUGGACGGACCUAUAGUGACCUUUUCGGGGGACUAUUUUUUUCCCCCGCUCACAUUAAUGCAGUGUGCAGUUUCGCUACGAAAAGUGCUUUUACGUAUUGGGUUCUUGAAGCCGCGAUGCAGGAGACCAGCCACUUCCUGAAGGCCGCUCUGCAGGUCGGGCCCUGGAGGAUAACUCGAAGAGUAAUGCUGUUCGUCAUCGUCUUCUGCGUGGUGAUCAUCGUCUUCGGCACCUUCAUCCUCAAGACCCACAGAUUCGACGACGACCACGACUGGGACGACGACGAUGACGACGACGACGACGACGACAAGAAGACCUUCAGCAGCGGCGACUCGGUCAUGCUCGUCAUGAUUGGCCUCUCGGGUAUGGCUGGCCUGGUGACCCUUGGAAGCUGCUUCAUGGCCACCUCCAACAGUCCCCGGCAGCUGGGAAGCGACUCCAACUCCCCAACCUCCUCCGUGUACACUGUGAGUGGGGGCGCAGUGCCCCCUGUCCGGCCCCACCAGCAGCUCUCCCCCAGGCCCUCAGCCCCAGAGUCCGACCAGGAGCCCUACGCCGCUACCCACGGCUCUAACAACAACAACAUCAAGAUGCCCCUACCCCAGCACACCAACGGGUACCCGCAGAAUCCCAGUUACCCGAGGAAUCCACACUACCCGCCCGACCCGCCGCCCAGUUACUCCGCAGCCAGCUAUCCUGUGGGCGGGGCACGGGUGGUGGGGAGGGCAGUGCCCCACACCGCUUUGCGGGUAGUGUCCUGCCCGCCCACUCUCAGCACCAUAGCCGACCUCCCGCCGCCCACACUCAGCACCAUAGCCGACCUCCCGCCGCCCUAUUCCGCCACGCCCGCCCACAGCCCAACGAGGCGGUAGUGGCCACUCCGGCGUCCCUCUCUUCAUCCACUCUCGUCAUACUACAUAUCAUCGUGAUAGUCAUUUGUUUUAUUGUAUAUAAGGUACAUGACUGGCCUCUGGAGCAUGGCAAUAGGUAUAGUGAGCUGGGAUGUGCGCUGAGGGCGUUUUGCUGUGUGUAGAGUGCGCAAAGUUGAGAUCAGAGUGCACUAUGCCCUGUGUAGAGUGCGCUAUGUAAAGGGCAAAGUAUGCUAUACAGUGUGUAGGUUGUACUCUGCUCUAUACUAAGUGCCCCGUGUAGAGUCAACAGAGAAUACAGUGCUCUAUACCCGUGAGAUAUCUCUAUGUCGCUCCAGUGGUGUGUGUCUUAGACAUUAAUCUUCCCUAGAUUUAAGAGACUUAAGCUUCCAAUUUGUAAAGACACAUAUAAUAUAUAUAUUAACUACUGUU